AUGAGUCCCUCGGCCCUCCACAGCCCCUCUCGAGACCCCGCAGGCCUUUCUUUCUUUUCCCUCUUCAAUUCUGCAUCGCCUCCACUCACCAGCUCUGCAGGGCCCCCCCCGGAGGCCCCGGGGCCCCCCCAGCCGCUGGGGCUUUCCCACAAGGGUUCGGGGGGCCCCUCUUCCCCAGUCCCGGGGGCCCCUCGCCAGGCUUCCGAGCCCCUGCCCCAGAGCGCUUUAGUUCCCCCCGGGAGCCCCGGGGGCCCCCAGGGGGGCCCCCCAGGGCCCGUAUCUGCGGGGGCCCCCAGCGCCCCGCCCUCCUACGAGGGCCCCUGCUCUUGCGGGCGCUCGGCGUUGAGCUGCUGCUGCUGCUGCCCUGCAGCAGCAGCAGCAGCCUUUUCGUACGAAAGCCUCGAGUGGGAAGAAUGGCGGGGCGACUGGCCGCUGCUGCUGCACGCCUCUGCUGGCAGCUGCGCAGGGGUGAUGGAGCACGUGGCUAUGUACCCCAUAGACACAGUGAAGACUCGCAUGCAGGCCUACAGAGGCGCAGCAGCAGCAGCAGCAGACGCCCCUGCUGCAGCAGCAGCAGCAGCAGCAGCAGAGGCGCCCCACUGCCACCACAGGCGGGCGCCCCCGAGCCCCAGCUGCCAGGCCCCCUUCGCCUCUCCGCGGUGUACAGACAGCUGCAGCAGCAGCAGCAGCAGCAGCAGCAGCAGCAGCAGCAGAGCCAUACAAAAGGCAGCAGCAGCAGCAGCGCAGCCGCCCUCGCGGCUGUCGCUUUCUCAUUCUCUCCUGCACUCCUCUCAGAUCCACUCUGCUGCUGCGCUGCCGAAUAUCUCAACAGCCGCGCAGCACAAGUUUAUAUACCCAACAAUGCAUUCAGCCGGCGCAGCAGCGCGCGCAGCGAGGGGCCCCUGGGGGGCCCCCCUGGGGGCCCUCUCGGGGGCCCCUGUGGGGGCCUCUGGGGGGGCCCUCUUCGGGGGCCCCUGCUCAGUGCCAGCAGUGACUCAGGCGUCGCCACUAAGGCUUCCGCUGGGGUAUAUGCGGAGCCCCGGCAUGCUGCUGCUGCAGCAGCAGAAGCAAGCAGCAGCAGCAGCAGCAGCAGCAGCCAGGGGCGGGCUCAGCGGGGCGUGGCGGUGCGGCCCGAGUGUUCCGGGCGCUGCAGCAGCAGCAGCAGCAGGACUGCGACUAGCGUCAGGGGCCCCCCUGAGCGGGGCUGCUGCUGCAGCUGGGGGCCCCCCAAGCAGUACCCUCCCGGGCAGGGGCCCCCACGGGGGGGCCCCCAACCCCCGCGCUGGGGGCGGGGCCUGGGGCCUCAUUUCUUGCCUAAGAUCAGUUUAUGCUGAGGGCGGGCUUAGGAGUUUGUACAGAGGCGCUGGGGCUGUGGUGCUGGGGUGUGUGCCGGCCCACGCCUGUUACUUCACUUCUUACGAGCUCACGAAGCGGAAAAUGAAGGAGAAGGCCUAUCAGAAGCAGCAGCUGCGGCGGCAGCAGCAGCAAGAAGGCGCAGCAGCAGCAGCAGCAGCAGCAGGUGCUGGCUGCUGCGCCGCGCCUGCGGGCGGCGGCUCCCCGCUCUGCCUGUGCCCCGUGUGCCUGGGCAAACGAGAAGCGCUGCAGCACCAAGAUAGAGCAGCAGCAGCACCAGCAGCAGCAGCAGCAGCAGCAGCAGCAGCAGAGGGUCUCUCGGGGCUGCAGCUGCUGCUCUGCGGCGUUGGCGCCACCCUUAGCCACGACCUGAUCUUGACUCCUGUGGACGUGCUCAAGCAGCGCAUGCAGCUGGGUUGUUUUAAGUCAGUGGGCCAGUGCAUCGAAAGCACUUUGCGCGUCGAGGGCCCCCUGGCCUUCGUGCGGUCUUUGCCGGUUUCUUUCGUUUUGAAUUUGCCGUUUGGGGCUGUGCUGAUUUGCACCAACGAACAGCUGAAGAAAAGAGCCGCCAACUGGAAGCGCCGCAGCGCCCCGGGGGGAGCAGCAGCAGAAAGCAGCAGCGCAGCGGGCAGCAGCAGCAGCAGGCCUGAAGAGCUCAGCUUGCCCAUUUACUUCCUGUGUGCGGGCAUAAGCGGUGGCGUUGCUGGUUUUAUAUCGAAUCCCCUCGAUGUGGUGAAGACGAGACUGCAGACUCAAGACUGCGCCGUCAGGAACCAGGUGUCUGGCUUAUCGGGCGUCACAAGGCCUGGUGGCUGCCCCUUCGCUCCGUGCACGCCCAAGUACCAAUCCUUGUUGGGGACCAUGCGCACCAUUUGGUCUGAGGAGGGAAUUCUGGGCUUUUGGCGCGGCGUCAGCGGCCGCGUUUGUCUCAAUGUUCCGUCUUCCGCUAUUUGCUGGGGUUCUUACGAGACCUUCAAGUAUUUGUGGCGCCAAAUUAAAAGACACAAAACUUAA